ACUUCGGAAUAUUUUCGUUUGACGGACCAGCCAGCUGUCGAAAUCAAAACUCAUCCGUUCGUCUGUGGACUGGGAGAAGUUGAUUUCAUCUGCUUUAUAAUUUAUCGAAUUAAUAAUAGAAUAGUAUGUGAAGCUAAGUAUUAUGUAGUGUGCACGGAAUCGCAAAAGAUAACGUUAGAUAUUUGGAGGCGGAUUGUAGUAGGCUACGUCGUUCACAAUGGAGAAAUUCGAAGGGUAUAUUUUCACCGCUCUUUGCAGCACCAACUUUUUGGUUUCUUGUCUGCUGUUUUCAAAAAUAACCCGAGAGCAGAGACAGCCGUAUAUGGAUGAAAUAUUCCAUGUCCCUCAAGCCCAGAAAUAUUGUCACGGGAAAUUCAACGAGUGGGACCCCAUGAUCACCACUCUCCCAGGGCUGUACCUGGUGACAGUGGGGGUGAUUAAGCCCAUGGUUUGGCUGGCCGACCUGUCGGGGAAGGUGGUGUGUUCCACUGCCAUGCUGCGCUUCGUCAACCUGCUCUUCAACUGCGGCAACCUCUACCUGCUCUACCUUCUCACCUGCAAGCUGCACUUCCGGGACAAGCUGCACGGUGCGCCCCGCAGGGUGCUGUCAGCCCUGUCUCUCUCCACCUUCCCUGUGCUCUACUUCUUCAACUUCCUCUACUACACCGACGGCGGAUCUACUUUCUUCAUCCUGUUCGCCUACCUCAUGACGCUUUACGGCUGCCACGGCGCCUCGGCACUCCUCGGAGUGUGCUCCGUGUUCUUCCGCCAGACCAACAUCGUCUGGGUGGCGUUCUGUGCUGGCACGCUGGUGGCAAACAGGAUGGACGAGAUCUGGAGGGCGGAACACACCAAGAAGAAGGACGACAAGUCGCCCGGCACCCAGGUCCCUCUGUCUGUCAGCGGGGCGAGGAGAGUGAUGCGUUUCCUGUUUGACUUCCUGACCUCGCCCCACCAGCUGAGGGCCGUGCUGCUGGUGGCAUGGCCGUAUGGCGGCGUGGCGCUUCUCUUCGUGGCCUUCGUGCUUCUGAACGACGGCAUCGUGGUGGGAGACCGCGGCAGCCACGAGGCGUGCCUCAACUUCCCCCAGCUCUUCUACUUCCUGUCCUUCGCUCUCUUCUUCUCCCUCCCCGUGUCGCUGUGUCACCACCGCGCCCUGCGCUUCCUGCAGAGCCUGCGGAGGCGGCCCGUCCUCUACCUGCUCCUCUCCGGCCUGGCCCUGCUCCUCGUCUGGAAGUUCACCCUCGUACACAGGUACCUCCUGGCCGACAACAGGCACUUCCCCUUCUACGUGUGGCAGCGUGUGUUCCAGAGGCACGCGGCCGUGCGCUUCCUCCUGGUUCCUGUCUACGUGUUGGCAGGCUGGAACCUUCUAGACUGCCUGCGCUCCCGCUCCCUCUUCUGGGUCCUGGCCUUCCUGGCCUGCCUGCUGGCCUCCUGUGUGCCCCAGAAGCUGCUGGAGUUCAGGUACUUCAUCAUCCCCUACCUGAUGUUCCGCCUGCACAUGCCCCUCCCCUCUCUGCCCCGCCUCCUGCUGGAGCUCCUCCUCCACGCGCUGGUCAACGCCACCACGCUCUACCUCUUCAUCAACAACACCUUCCACUGGCCCAACAGCUCAGACGUACAGAGGUUCAUGUGGUGAACCUGCUUCAUGUCCCGCCCCCUUGCUGGGACUCAGGACCAAUCGUAACCCGGUGUGGAGGUACAGGACCGUCUCCAGGGAAACAGGGUUUGGUUGAUGUGACCUGACUCCUCCUCCCUGUGGAACAGAUGGAUGGAAGGAUUCCUGUCACACUGUAUAGAGUCUGUUCAUGACUUUUUUUUUUAUUGCUUAAUAAUUGUGUUCAACUAGUGCUGGAAGGGUAGUUUAUGACCAACAUUAAGAUUUUAGAUCUAAUUAAUACAAAUUGUUUUGGGGGUUGGUGAGGGAACUUUAAAUAAAUACAAUCUAAACCCAACAUCCUUGUGACCCUGGAAAGCUACACCUUCCUGUAUUUCCCUCGACCCCAGCUGUAGCUAAGCUCAGCCAACACAUCCACUAGCUCAUUAGAAGUAGGCGUGAUAGAUUAGCGUUGAAGCAGAAACCAACAGGAAGGUCUCUUUCCAGGAGAAUCUGGAAGAUAUGGUUAUGUUUGUGCUGAGAACAGAUGCAGAGACCAAACUGACCAGUGAUGAGACAAAGCAGGAAUGUGUGUUUUUGUAAAAAAUAAAAAAUACAUAAAAAAGCUUUAUAAACAAAUAAAUUACAAUAAAUCAUCAGUUUGCCAAAAAUCAAAUCAAAUUUAUUUGUAUAGCCCUUUUACACGCAAGCAUGUCACAGAGGGCUUCACAUGCGCCCAUAGAACUGCCCCUCAACCAACCUAAACCCUCAAGGAAGACAAGGAAAAAAAAUGGUUUUACAUCAUCAUUAUAUGUAUAUAUAACUGGGUAGUCUGCUCUCUCACAGGAAAUACAUUCUUUGGGGAACCCUUCCUUAAUAUGUAUGGAACACUACAAACGCGUCAGGAAACCUUUUCUAGACAGAACUCGGACGACUUGCCUUUGUUGAAACCUCGUUUCCAAAGGAACGUCAGCUACUCAUCUGAAUCAGGUGUGCUGAGUUUCGGUUCUACCGACAGGAGGCAGCCAGUAAAUGGAUUGGAGAGUUCUGGUUCAGACCUUUAAACACCGAUAAGGACAACGCUCUUUUUUAACACAAGUGAGCUCGGUGUCUCCAAAUUGACGGCCAGCUCUCCGUUUUGUUGACGUUUUAUUUGUGAAGCGUCCACUUCCCUUGAAUAUUGUUUUCCAGCUCUAACUGGAGAGAUGACUUUCUGUGGCUCGCACACGCCACGUGCACUAGUCACCUGUGUUUACAUUGACGUUAAUGACGACACUCAAAAGUGACGUUGUGAUGUAGGCUACAAUUAGUUGAUUUGGGUUUUUUUUGUCUUUCAAUUUGAAUAAUCUAAAUAUCAGCCUUACUCUCCCUUGAUUAAUGUGUGGGUGUUACCCGUUAACCGCAUAUUUGGAUCUAUAUCUUUCACUUUGACGGUAUUGCUUUGAUAGUAUUACUCAACUGUUGCGGCCAGGUCGAAUCUGUUAUAAUUAAUUUGAAUUAUUUUGUUAAAUUAUUAUUUUCUUUGACUGUUAUCCGUUAUUUUCCCGUCUGUGUCCUAACCUGCCCUGUGAUCAAGCGAUCAUCUUUACGCAAUAAACGAUGACUGUCUAAUGUUCAAUGACUCCUAAAUACCACUAGGUGGCGAUACAAUACCAAAGGAUUUCCCUGUCUUAAUGGCCCGCACGUCAGUGGCAGUGUUUGUGUGUGGCACCAUAGGUGAUUUUACCGCGGGAGCAGGGAGUGCAUUUGCAUUCCCUACUGUUGGGAUGAAAACAUUUUCAAAUUAAUGUAAAAAAACGAUUUUAUGUUUUUAGAACAUUUUUAAGUGAUGUCAGAGUUGUAUAUUCUAUAGUGGUUUGUUGUACUCUAAUGAUUAAUUUUAACAUUUUAAGAUCUAGUAAAAAAUUAAAAAUAAAUCACUACCCUUUGCACACCCAGUUUGAAAACCUAGAAUAAAGUAUGUGUGGCACAUUCAUAUUUUGUGUGCGUUGCAUGUGUGUAUAUUCUGCAUGUUUAUGUGUGUGUGUUUCGACACGGAGCAUUUGCACAGGAGCAGUGGUGGUUAGCAUUGUGUGUGUGUGUUGCUCAGCAACAGUAGUGGUUAGCUGUGUCAGCAUUUCCCAUUACUGGAAAAAAAAAAAAAACCCACUUGAAACUGAAAAUCGAAACCUUUGUCAGACUCCAUCUCCUCUCUCCUGCAGCCCUCUGUGUCACCAACCCCACCACCAGCUACUGAGGAGUAGGCCACAGCACGCACCACCUGCACUUCUCAUCCAACUAUUCUUAUCAGUAUACAGCGUAUACAGUAUAGAACCACAUGAGUACUAAGAACUAACAGCUAGUGAGGACUGGUCCAAUAAGGUUCAGUCUUAGUCAGCAAGUUUCAGCAAAUGAAGCUGCAUCUGCAAACUCCUACACUAUGCUGCAUGGACAGGAAAUGACAUCAGGACGAAAGCAAUGUGGAAGAAGCCGCAGUUGUAGGGCUCGGGGGUGGGGGGAAGGGAGUUGAAAGGUCAAUUCUGAUUCAUCCCAGCUUUCAGUUACACCAACAUCAGCCACUAACAGCCCCCAUCACCCACCUAGCAAACAUGCCAAGCUGGAGCUGGAAAAUGUGCAACAGAGAAAGAGAGAUGUCACCUUGUCUCCUCUUUGGCCCUGGUGCUGGGUCACCUGCCCUGCAGGUCCUAGACCAGGGCUGCAUACCCUGUUCCUGGAGAGCUACGAUUCUGAACGUUUACAUUCCAACCCUAAUCUAGCACACGUGACUUCAAUAAAGAUCUGGUUGAUCAAAUGAAUCCUGUUUGUUGCAGCUGGGGCUGGAGUGUAAACCUACAGGAGGGUGAAUCUUUAGCAGCAGGACUGGGCAGCUCCGGUUGAGAUGUUUCCCUGCUCUAACACACCUGCUUCAAAUGCUUGAUGAAUGACCCAGUCAUUUGAACGAGGUGUGUAGGAAGAGGGAAACGUGAAACAUACAGGGCAGGGUGUCUCCGGGUUGAAGAUUAUCUGGUUCAACCCCCCCCUCAUACGUUACCUGAGAUAAGUGUCUGCGAAAGUAAUACAUGACAUUACUGUAGCUGCUUCAUGAACAAAAUACACACGCUAUAUAUAUCUAUGAAUCUAUUGUGCAACAUUAUCUGUGACAUACUGCAGUGUUCCAGUGUUGUGCAGUUAUUAUCUACAGCUUUUGUAUGAGUUUAGGUUGGUUGACGGGCAAUUCUAUGGGAUACUACGUGAUACCCUCUGGGAAAUGCUUCCGUGUAAAAAGGGAUAUACAUUUGAUUUGAUGACUGAAAUCUGUGGAUAUUACUUUCAGAGUUUUAACAAUAGUAUUUCCUGCCAACAAACUGAAAUUUAUAAUACCUUUAUUCGUCACACAAUGACGACAUUUGAGCAUUACAGCAGCAAAGUGGUCGGAGGAGUAUAUAUAGAAAUAAAUAAUAAAAUGUGUACAAUAUAUAGUAAUAAAAAGAUAACACUAGUUGCAUAUGGACAGAAAAAUAUAAAUAUUGCACAGUAGUUUGCCCUUCAAGUGUGUCCAUGAGUUCUUUACAGUGGUUGAGUCCUGUGUGUGU